UGACUACUGGACUCCGGCAUUUUCAUCGUCCGGAGGAGACUCGAUUGACGUCAGACGAAAAGAUGCGGCGACUCGAACCGACUUUUUAAGCGACACAAACACAAAAUUCUAAAUGCGAGAGGAUCUAACGCGGUCAUUGCCUUUUUCUGUUCGUCCAUUCGUCCAUUCGUCCUCUCUUUUCCCCGUUAUUGCCCCGUGUUGCUACGUCGCCCGCUAGGUGUCUGACUUCAUCAACCAACCCCGAUACUCUGCCCAUCCUAGCUCGCAUUACUUGUGUCAUCCCAUCCACCCUUCUUUUCACCAUUCUGCUACCUAUUUGAGAUCCCCUUUUUGUUUCCAAAGGGGCAAAACAAUCCCGGCCUACCAUGCGUCGUGGACGAAGAUGAGAAGAGCCGACACGCACACUCCCACACACUCUCAUACACCCAUAAACCCUUCACCCAUCUUACCCACACACGCCAUAUGUCGCACACCUUCAGCCCAUCGCAUUCACGGUUCCGAGGCUUUAAACUAUUCAUCCCUUCCCCCUGUCCUAUCUUUCUCUUGCUCGGCUGCGGGCUGUUGAUCUCUCCCGCACUGCUCGCUUUCCAGCCGUACUCGCGUUCGGUUCUUAGACGUGCCCAAACGAAACCACGAGGUAUCGGGAAGUAGCUUGCAUGAUACUCCUUGCUCCGGUAUCAAACAUCGAGGUCGGGGGCGCACCAUCUUCCCUACAGCAUUUCCCACGAAUUGCUAUUUCCAACCUCCUUGGCUACAGGAUCCUGGGGUUUUUUGCCCGUACCGGCUCACAUUAGCUUCACGCCUUUGGAGGGUUUGCUGUGUCUCACUCAGCUUGGGGGAUAUCCCGAGUCAGACAUACAGACAGCCGUGGCUACAUUUACGUUUAUUUAUACGUCCUUCUGUCCCCUUCACCACCACUGUCUUCUCAGCGCCUAGAAUCUACAACAUAAAGAUCGUCGGGACUGACCCAACUCUUCACCGUUGAAGAAAUAACCUUGCAGCGAAAACCAUCAUGGCAGCUGGCAUCACCACCACGCUAGGCUUACCCGACCUCGCCACGCCGGUCCUCGCCAACAUUACUAAGCCAAGUCUCGCCAACGUCAGCUCUCCGGUUCUUGCUACCAUCGUCCGCGACACCUACCGCGCUGCCUUCAAAGCCCGCGUCGCGGCCGGCGAAGCGAGGCCGUUUGUGCUGCCGUACGCCAUAUUUGCAACUUUCAUCGUACCCAUUCUAUACAUGACCAUCCCGCACACGAAGAGGCCAUGGCUCUACCACGCGAGAUGGCUUGUUCUUGGUUAUAUCAUCAUGUUCAACCUCGACAUCUUGAAGGACACCUCCAGCACGAACAUGUCUAUGUCAUAUACUGCCGGUCUAUCAGCAUUUUGGGGAAUCAUGUCCAACGUCACCAUGCUGGUGUUCACGGCUCCGCAGUUUGAUUACGAAAGAGUCGUUCGCAGAAAGGCCACGAAGCCAACGUCGUCAUCGAAAUCCUCCGAGCCUUCUAGCAGAUCAAGCUCACCCGGAGAUCGCUCUGCCUCGCCGAACGUACCGGGCCUCAGAAGGCGAGUUGGCAGCAAAAAGCGAAGAGCUGGCCGAGUAACAGCGCCAGAGGUCAAUCUCGACGAGUACGAAUAUUACUGGCAGGCUUACCCCGAGAAUGGCACUUUCCUUGAGAGACUCGGCUGGGUAAUUGACCUCUACACCAACUUCAGGGGAGUCGGUUGGUCUUGGGCUGUCCCGUCGGUCCCCAGUCCGGCUCCACCAUCUCGCCCGGGCACGGGCGAGAUGGUCAAGAUGGACACCAUCCCGUUAGAGACAUUCGCUGGAUGCCAGACCUACAAAGACGAGAACGAAUUCUUGCGAAGGAAGCUUAUCCCCAUUGGGUUUGCAUACCUCCUAUUAGACAUAUUCAAAGUCACCAUCAUAGAGGAUCCCUACUUUGUCCUCGGCAAUAGUUCAUUGCCUCUCCCUCCUCACCUCGCGGCUCUCCCAUCCUGGGUUCUUCCUGUGUACCGACAUGCUGCCGUCAUUGGCGCCAUAUACUCUGCUCUGGUCAUGGUCUUCGGCGUUCAUGACCUUUUCCAGUACUACGCUCUCAGCAAGUUCUUCCCCAUGCGGGGUGAGCUGUGGCAGUAUUCGACAGUGUUCGGCUCCUUUACCCAAAUUCUGGACAGGGGCUUGGCUGGCUUUUGGGGUGCUUGGUGGCAUCAGACCUUCCGGCACGCCUUCUCCGCGCCGGUCAACUUUGCCGUGAAGCAUGGCUAUUUGGAAAAGAGGGCGCGGAGCACGAAGAUGAUUGGCAUGCUGAUUGCCUUCCUUCUGUCGGGCCUGCUCCACGGUGCCGGAAGUGUCAGCUCGAUCCCCGAGACGAAGUGGUGGAAGCCUGCCCUCUUCUUCUGGCUGUCAGGUGUAGGCGUUUUGAUCCAGCAGUUGUUCUGCACCGCUCUGAAACCCCAUAUCUCGAAGCUACCUCGAGUCUUAAGGAGGCUUGGAAACCUUCUUUACGUGGUCGCGUGGCUGCAUGUUACCGUUCGGUCGCUGGCGGACGACUUUGCGCAGACCGGUCUUUGGCUCAUGGAGCCUGUUCCUCUCUCUGUCGUAAGAGCGUUGGGAUUCGGACGUGGUGAGGUCUCUUGGUGGAAGCCCGACAUGGAAGCGAUCGGUCACUGGCAUACUGGACAGCACUGGUGGGAUUCUGGAUUCAGUUACUAGAGCAUUGGCGCAAGUCUCAUCGUUCAUUCUGUACAAAGUAGUGUUCUUCACAUUUCAUAGAUCGAAAG